AAAAAGCUCAAAGCUCCAAGCUUUGUUGUUGCGGAGCCGAGCUCAAGCCCAUCCCAUCUCCCUCCUUCCCUCCUCCCCAGCCACCUGACCAGACCAGACCGCUCUCUGCUACUGCUGGCUCCGAAUUUCAAAAAAAAAAAAAAAGGAUCCUUCCUUGCUCCUUCCUUCCUCUUUUUUAAUCGGGACCCCGUUUGAAAUUGCCGCGAAUUCGUCCCCCGCGGGGUAGCCGAGGAUCUUCGCCGUCGUUCCCGCAAGAAUGGAUGCACCUUCUCCCAUGGAAACCGAUACCACUAUCGUUUCGGAAGUAGAUACUGCUAUCAUUCCUCCAACAGAUACCGCCCAUGUCCAGGAAACAGAGGCUGCUGUUCUCCCAGAAACAGAUGCUGCUGUCAUCCCUGAAACAGAGCAUGCUAUCAUCCCUGAAACAGAGCUUGCUAUCAUCCCUGAUACAGAGCUUGCUAUCAUCCCUGAAACAGAUCAUGCUAAUAUUCCUGAAACAGAUGAUGCUCUUAUCCCUGAAACAGAUAUGGAUUUCGCCCCUGAUUCAGAUAUGGCUAUCGUCCCUGCUACUCCUGCUACCCCUCUUGAUAAUGAGCAACCUGGUUCAGAGACACAGCCUAAUAAGCGCAGAAGAAAGAAAUCUAUUGUUUGGGAACACUUCACUGUAGAAACUGUGGGUCCUGGACAUACGAGGGCUUGCUGUAAGCAGUGCAAGAAGUCGUUUGCCUAUAUAACUGGCUCCAAGCUGGCAGGCACGAGUCACCUAAAACGGCACAUUGCCUUGGGUAUCUGUCCCGUCAGCCGCCAGAGGAGCCAACCUCUUGCUACAUAUACACCAGCUUCCAAGUCUGCUGGUGCUUAUGGAAGUGCAACAGAUCCACCAAAACGGCGGUACAGGACCACUCCUGCAAUAGCAAAUGUACCUCUUGACCAAGAGCGAUGCAGUCUUGAGAUUGCCAAGAUGAUUAUCAUGCAUGAGUAUCCUCUACACAUUGUCGAACAUCCAGGUUUCAUUGACUUUGUACGGACUCUCAAUCCCCAUUACAAUAUGGUGAGCUUCAAUACUGUUCAAGGUGAUUGUGUAGCUCUAUACCUGAGGGAAAAGCAAAAACUUUUGAACCUCAUCAGUACAAUACCAGGAAGAGUCAAUCUGACACUGGAUCUUCGGACUUCAAACCAGAACCUAGGUUAUGUUUUCUUGACUGGACACUUCAUUGAUAGUGAUUGGAAGGUACAUCGCCACAUUCUUAAUGUUGUAAUGGUGCCUUAUCCUGAUUCAGAUAAUGCUUUUAAUCAGGCUGUUGUGGCUUGCUUAUCUGAUUGGAAUUUGGAAGGUAGGUUGUUCACCCUCACUGUUGAUCAGUCUUUCUCCAGCGAAGCUGUUAUUGCGAAUGUGAGAGGUUUGACCUCAGUAAAGAAUCCACAGUUGCUCAAUGGCCAGAUACUGAUUGGGAGUUGCUAUGCGCAUCUGUUAAGUGGUCUUGCACAAGAUGCUUUUGGGUCAAUGGUAGAUACCAUUAAGAAAAUCCGGGAUAGUGUGAAGUAUGUGAAGACUUCAGAAGCUCAUGAAGAGAAGUUUGAUGAGCUCAAGCAACAACUUCAAGUACCUAGUACCAAGGACCUGCUGAUUGAUGACCAAACAAGGUGGGAUACAACUUAUCAUAUGCUUGUAGCUGCUUCUGAGCUCAAGGAAGUAUUUGCCUGCUUCGAUGCGUCCGAUCCUGAUUAUAUUAACCCUUCAAUGGAUGAUUGGAGGCAAGUAGAGACUCUCUGUUCUUAUUUGAAGAUAUUGUUUGAUGCCGCAAAUAUAUUGACUGGCCCGACCUACCCAACUGCCAGUACCUUCUUCCAUGAAGUGUCUAAACUUCAGUUGGAUCUCACACAUGCUGCAACGAGCCAGGACCCAUUUGUAAGCAACCUAAUCAGGCCUUUACAAGAAAAGUUCGACAAAUAUUGGAGGGGAUGCUGCCUUAUAUUGGCGGUUGCAGUAGUCAUGGAUCCAAGAUUCAAGAUGAAACUUGUAGAAUUUAGUUUCUCUAGAAUUUUUGGCGAGGAUGCUGAAACGUGGAUUGGACUUGUUGAUGAGGGUAUUCGCGAACUCUUUCUUGAUUAUUUUUCACCCAUACUUCCUCUUCCGGAAGCUCCAAUGGAGAAUGGCACCGAGAGCAUCAUAAAAUCAGAGCUGCCAAAUGAAGGAAUGCCUCAGGAAGGAGUGUCUCAUGAAGAGCUGCCACAUGAUGGUACGGUCAUCUCCUUUGGGGAUGGGCUUUCUGAUUUUGAUGUCUACAUUUCGGAGAUCACUAGUGGCCAGCAAACAAAGUCCGAGUUAGAUCAAUAUUUGGAGGAGUCUCUUCUGCCGAGGGUACAGGACUUCGAUCUAUUGGGUUGGUGGAAAUUAAAUAACCUGAAGUACCCCAUUCUUUCCAAGAUGGCUGCUGAUGUUUUGUCCAUACCAAUCUCGAUUGUUGAUCCUGGUGCUGUCUUCGACACCCAAAGCAAGAAGAUUGACGGUUAUCGCAGUUCAUUGCGUCCAGUUACACUUGAAGCUCUUGUUUGCGCCAAGAACUGGCUCCAGUCUGGAUCGUCCGAGACUUCUAAUGCAUUUGUGAAAGCUGAAGUUUAGGUUUAGAAUUUCGAAUUUUCUUUUCUACUUUUUAGUUUAGCUUAUCUUUGUGUGGAUGAUUAUUCAGAGGUUGAAUCAGUAGAUGCUGACUGGUGGAUUCUUGAUUUGCGCUCAUGUGUUAGAUCCGUCCCCCUUUCCAAUCAAAUUAAUUAUAGUAUUUUUGCA